AUGAAUGCACCUGGAAAUAAUCAAAUGAUUGCCCCAAAAAUUCAAAAGCAAUUGGUGAAUGCUUGUGUCGUUGAGACCACAAACGAUAUUAUAGCUGAUCUUGGAGAUAGGUGGUUCACUUUACUACUUGAUGAGGCUCGUGACUGUUCAGUGAAAGAGCAAAUGAUAGUUGUUAUUAGAUAUGUGAACAAACAUGGAGAGGUGAUUGAACGAUUUAUGGCUGUAGUUCAUGUUGCAACAACUACAGCUGCUUGUUUGAAGGAGGCAAUCGACUCUUUAUUUGCUAAGUAUGGUUUGUCAGUGGCGAGAUUGAGGGGUCAAGGAUAUGAUGCUGUUGCUCAAGCAAAUCAAUAUGUUUGUGAUUUUAUGUGGAUUGUUGGUUCGAUUGUGAACACAUCUCCAUCAUCUUGCAAAACGGCCGACAAACUUCGACAACUUGAACAUGACAGAAAAGUUAAACUUCUUGAAAGAGGAGAGAUUAGUUAUGGUAGAGGACUAAACCAAGAAACUAGUCUAGCUAGACCUGAAGAUACACGAUGGGGGUCUCAUCAUUCAACUUUAUGUCGUAUUGAACAAAUGUGGCCAUCUGUUAUAGAGGUUCUUCAAAAUUUGAUUGAUGAUGGUGAUCGUUCUUCUAAAGGUUUAAGUAGAACUUUGGUUGAAAUAAUGGAGAGGUAUGAAUUUGUGUUUAUUCUACUAUUGAUGAAACGUAUAUUGGUUAUCGAUAUUAUUCUACAGGAGAUGGAUAGUCGUUUCUCUGAAACAACUACAGAUUUGUUGAUUUAUAUGUCAUGUCUUGAUCCUAGGAACUCAUUCUCUAGAUUUGAUGUACAGAAGUUAGUGCGUCUAGCUCAUUUUUAUGAGGAUGAUUUUUCUUGGAAUGAGCGUAUGUUGGUUGAACAAGAGCUUAAAACAUAUAUUGAUGACGUCAGAUCAAAUGUACGAUUUGAAGGCAUUUCAGAUUUGGGAGCUCUUGCAAAAAAAAUGAUUGAAACAAUGAAGAACCGUGUAUUUCCUUUGGUUUAUCGGAUGAUUGAGCUAGCCUUACUUCUUCCAGUUGCUACUACAACCGUUGAAAGAGUGUUUUCAGCAAUGAAUAUUGUCAAAACAGAUUUACGAAAUAGGAUUGGAGAUGAAUGGAUGAAUGAUAGUUUGGUAGUCUAUAUCGAGAAAGAUGUUUUUAAUACUGUCGACAAUGAGCCAAUUUUACAGCGUUUUCAGAACAUGGAGUCUCGAAGAAUGUAA